AUGUUUCGAUUAGCGAUUUCCCACGCUACAAAAGAAGGCCUUCCAAGAAAUAUAGAAUUUCUUAUUAAAGAAACAUUUAAUUGGUUUUCUCAUUCUGCGAUUAGACAAUCCAAAUACAAGGAACUCUAUUCUUUGAUGAAUGAUGGAAAUGAACCAUUGAAAUUAGUACAAAGUAGUGAGACUCGUUGGAUGUCAAUUCAGAUCGCUAUUGAUAGAAUUUUGAGAAAAUGGAAUGAUUUAAAGGCAAAUUUUAAUUUGGCCAGAACAAACGAAAGAUGUUAUACGGCAAAAAUUUUGUUCUCAAUGCUUGAUGAUCAAAGAAAUUUCUUAUUUCUUUUAUUUCUUAAACUUGUACUUGAUGAAGUUCAGAGAUUAAAUAAAAUAUUUGAAUCUGAGAAUAAUGAUCCGACGAAGUUGCUACAGGACUUGCUAAAUUUAAUAGAAUCUUGUUGUUCUAAGAUUGUUAUUCCAGGAACAAAAAUAACAAAUGAAGUAGUAAUUGAAAACCAUUUAGCACUCAAUCCAUACUUGGGUUAUCAAUUUGAAACUGAAAUAGACAAUUCUGCACUGUUAGAUGAAGAAAAGAAAAAUAUUCGUAGUCGCUGCAUUGCCUUCCUUUUGUUUCUUAUAAAACAACUUCGGCAAAGGUUACCUGACAAUAUAUCAAUAUUGAAAACCAUGACGUCACUAAGUAUUGACCAAUGCCUCAACCCAAUUAAAAGUGAUAUAAUAAACCUUGCGAAAAUGUUUCUCAUUGAUGAUGCAAUAUUAACUCGCAUUGACUUUCAAUGGAGGAAAAUCCAUACAAUUCAGUGGAAAGAAACUUCCAGCACGAUAAACCUGUGGAUGGAGGUAGCUCAAUACCGAGAUGCUGCCAGAGAAAAUCCCUUUCAAGACUUGGUCAAUUUUGUUUUAAAAAUUCUUUUAUUACCUCACUCAAACGCAGAAGUAGAGCGUUUAUUUAGUCAGAUGAAUAUUGUUAAA